GAGGAGGAGACGAACAAGAGGAGUCAUGUUUACAUUCUUGAUUUCCUCCCUUUCCUCCUCUUUCAACAAGUCACCUGCCGCCGAGGGCUCGGCGGAGGCUGCGGCCGUCGGUCAGCUUGACGGGGGCGGGCGUCCGGCUGCCUGCCUGAUUAGCCGGCUUGUUUCUGUCAGCACUUUGGCGUCAUCACCUCCAUCGCCAUCAUCGUUAUCGUUACAUGAGCUUUAUCGUCAGGCCGCAGACAUGAGCGGCAAGCUGGGAGACCUCAGCCCCAAACAGGCUGAAGCGCUGCGACAGUUGCGCGAGAGGAUUGAAGAUAUUCUUGCUCAACUUCCUGCCCAGCAUGACCACUUCCUGCUGCGCUGGCUCAGAGCCAGAAACUUCAACAUCCAGAAGUCGGAGGCCAUGUUGCGAAAGCACGUGGAGUUCAGGAAGCAAAUGAAGGUGGACACCAUCAUCAGUGACUGGCGGCCUCCUGAGGUGAUCGAGAAGUACCUUUCCGGCGGCAUGUGCGGCUACGACCGCGACGGCAGCCCGGUGUGGUACGACGUGAUCGGCCCCGUGGACCCCAAAGGUCUCUUCCUGUCCGCCUCCAAGCAGGACUUCCUCCGCUCCAAGAUCCGAGACUGCGAGAUGCUGCAGCGAGAGUGCGCCGCGCAGUCGCAGAAGCUGGGCAAGAACGUGGAGGCCAUCACCAUGAUCUACGACGUGGAGGGCCUGGGACUCAAACACCUCUGGAAGCCUGCCAUUGAAACUUACGGAGAGAUCCUGCAGAUGUUCGAGGACAACUACCCAGAAGGCCUCAAGAAGCUCUUUGUCAUUAAAGCUCCCAAGCUCUUCCCUGUGGCCUACAACCUCAUCAAGCACUUCCUGAGCGAGAUCACGCGGCAGAAGAUCUUCAUCCUCGGCGCCGAAUGGCAGGAAGCGCUGCUGGGGCACAUCGCGCCCGAGCAGCUGCCCGCCAUUUACGGCGGGAAGCUGACGGACCCCGACGGAGACCCUCGCUGUCGGACCAGGAUCAACCAUGUGGGCCCGGUUCCUACCUCCUACUAUGUGCGCGACCACGUGUCGAUGAAAUACGAUCAGUGUUUGACGGUCAGUCGAGGGUCCACGCGACAACUGGAUUACGAGAUUCUCUUCCCGGGAUGUGUCCUCAGGUGGCAGUUUUCCAGCGAGGGCGCCGACAUCGGCUUCGGCGUCUUCCUGAAGGCCAAAAUGGGCGAGUGGAAAAAGGCAACCGAGAUGGAGGCGGUGGUGCCGAGUCAGCGCUACAACGCUCACCUGGUGCCCGAAGACGGCUCGCUGACGUGCGAGCGCCCCGGCGUGUACGUGCUGCGAUUCGACAACACGUACAGCAUCUUCCAGGCCAAGAGGAUCAGCUUCGCCGUCGAGGUUUUGCUGCCCGACCGCUUGAAGACGCAACAGGCCGCCGCGGCCCCAGCGUCCGGUCAACAACAAGACACGACGGCAAGCGGCCAAUCGUAGUCAAGGAUGUCAGAAAAACUGGAAAAGAGAGAAAAAAAGCAUUACUUGAAGCACACCAAAGAGCUGAAAUGUGUUUAUGUUCCCACCAGGAGAGCCAUUGGUUGAGCAUUGGCCUCAAAAUAUUACCUCCUCCAAAGAUGUUGUCAUCACUACAAUAACAGUAUUAUAAUAAAAUAACUAUUAUAAGUUAUAUUUGA